AUGGCUAUUGCAGGCGGCGCUGACUUUGUCGAGUGCGAUGUGCAGCUGACGGCGGACCUACAGAUGGUCUGCCGCCAUGAGCAGAACCUCAAUGAGACGACGGACGCCCUUGACAGGUUCCCCGACCGCGUCCGCACGCACACCAUCGACGGCGAGGAGUCCACGGGGGUCCACGCGAUCGACCUGUCACUGGCGGAGCUGCGGACACUCAGGGCACGGCAGCGCUUCCCUUUCCGGGACCAGAGCCACAACGACAGGUACCCCCUGGUGACCUUCCACGAGUUCCUUGACCUGGUGGAGCGCGCGCCGCGCGUGGUGGGGGUCUACCCAGAGACAAAGCACCCGACGUGGCACAAUGCGCUGCCGCAGCUGCGCGCCGCCAACACCACCAUCCAAGAGCUGGUCGUGUCGGCCCUCCACGCGCGCGGCUACGGGCUCGGCGCCCACGGCAGCCCCGAGUGGCGCGCGCGGCCGGUGUUUGUGCAGUCCUUCGAGAUGGGUUCCAUCAGGGACAUGGCGGCGGCCACUCGGAUGCCGCUCGUGCUGCUGCUCGGCGGCUGGCCCGGCUACCGCGCGCCCGACUCGGGGAUGACUCACGAAGAGAUGACGUCACCGGCGGCCCUGGCGGAGGCGGCGCGCUACGUUGUGGGUGCUGGGCCGUGGAAGGGCAGCCUGUUCACCACCGUGGAGGACGACGUCCUCCCUGCAACUGACGGCAGCAGCAGCAGCAGCAGCAGCGACAGCGACAGCAGCAGCAGCAGCAGCAGCAGCAGCGACAGCAGCAGUAGCAUUGAAUCUAGCGGUGGCAGCGACAGCGGCCGCAGCAGCACUCAAAGCAGCAGCAGCGAGCAGGGCCUGUCUGCAGACGCCGCCCACGACAUGAGCCUCAGCGCCGCGGCCACCGCCGCGGGCGGCGCCCGCCUGGUCUCCACCGGCCUCGUGGCGCGCCUCAAGGCGGCGGGGCUGCAGGUGCACCCCUACACGCUGCGCGACGAGCCGCGGUUCGUGCCGGGCCCCUUGGGGGGCGACGUCGGCUGCGAGCUGGCGCUUCUCUUUGCGGCCGAGGGCGUCGACGGCAUUUUUGCGGACUACCCCGCCACAGCGGCGGCUUGGCUGCGCGCGCGGCGCGGGGCGGUGGGAGAGGGAGAUGUGGAGGCGGGCGUACGGCGAAGGGAGGGAGGGGAGGGGGUGCAGGGGGCGAGGCCGAAGGCGCCGGCCGCAGGGCUGCCGUGGUCGGCGGCGCUAUCGUCGCUCGUUGGGUUGCUGCCCUCCUUGCGAGUGGCGUGA